GAAUGAGGCUUCAAAAGAACUCAAGAUUACCAGAUACUCCGUCCUUCCUGGUCAUACUGAUAAAGAAAAAUGAAGGUGGUGAUUCUGAUGGCCCUUCUUGUGCUCACAGCUCACUGUGUACCAGUAUCAAGAUUCCCUGGCAAGAUUUUCCUCUACUGUCCUUUCUUCAACCGGAAGCACUGCCAGAGGUUCUGUGAAUUCUUUAAAAUCUGUAGGAAGCCGCCACUGAGCAGAAGAACUACUGUGGUCCCAUCAUUCCCACUCACAACAGAAGCUGACCUUUCUCUGACUGGGGGUCCUCUUACUCCCGACAGGCGGGGAGAUUCAAGAUAGUAGGGUUCCUCACAGCCCAGAAAAGCCUCUUCCCCCACACAGUGCCCAUGCUACAGUCGGAUCAUGCUUCCAGCUCCUUCCUGCACCACAGUGACUCCUCCCUACCUGAUGUGUCAAUAAAAAGCUUACAUUA